CCUUUAUCACAACAAGUUAUUAUUGAUUUAAUUGUAUUUUGUGAACAACCAAGUUGUUCUCAAUUACCAUCAUCUUGUCUACCACUUUAUUAUAAUAAACAAUAUCAAUUAUUUGCAACAUGUUAUUAUGAAGAAUUAUCAGUUAAAAUUGUUCAAGAAUGGUCAGAUUAUCUUUAUAUGACAUCAAUUGCAUUUCUAUUAACAAAAGAAUAUAAAGAAACAAUUUUAAAAUAUCAUUGGAUAUUAAGAGUUGAUCAAGAUGCUGUUUUAAGUCCAGCUUUACUUUUUGGUCUUUUAAAAAAACAUCCAAUUAAAUUACAUAAUAUACAAUUUGGAGCAGUAGGACAUGGCAAUGCUUUUACACAUGAACGAUUAAAAAAUAUUUCAAAAAAAUUAGGUUAUAAACAUGCUGGAAUACAUCAUCUAUGUUCAACAUGGUUAGUUCAUCCAAAUGAUUCAAUUGAAAUUGCUAGAUUAACAACAAUUAUUGGAAGACAUUUUCUACAAAAAGAAUAUGGACCACAUGUUCCAGGUCUUGAGACAUUACCUGCGAUCGGUGAAUGGCCAAAAUGGUGGCGUGGUGUAACAUCAUUAUAUGCUGCUGAAAUAGGAAUAAAUCAUUUAUAUUUUUCAAGUCUUGGUCAUCAACAUGAAUCAAGUGCAAUAGAUCAUCCAGGUUUUUCAACUCAAUCAAUAUGGAAUGCUUGGCAUAUCCAUUGUUUACAUAAUUCAGCUGAAUUUUCUAAAUUUAAUCAUCGUACUAAAUUAAGUCAAUUUUUAGACCUUGAACAACCGAUACGAAUUAAUAAAAUGUCGAAUAUUACUUAUACACAAAAUAUUUUAAAAGAAGUUAUUAAUGAAUUUCAUAUUAUACAAAAAAAUAAUGGUCAAAUUUCCGGAAAAAUAACUGUUAGAGAUUAUGUUACAGCAUUAGCAUGGCAAAAAACACAUGCAGCAAUAGGUGCUAUUAAUUUAGAUUAA